AUGGCUUUAAUGGAUCAGGAUAUUGAUGAGCCUGAAGUUCCGUGGGGGAAAUUGUGGAAGCUUGCGGCACCGGCGAGAUGGGCGAUUUUCCCAAUAGCAUUUGCAUUCCAACAUUCGAGGGGCAUUGAUUCGAGCACAGGCCUUCAGCUUCAAUCAAAUAGGCUAAUCUCUUUUGCAAAGGAAAUGGCAGCUGCUCAAGAUUUAGUGGAUCGACUCUAUUUGGCGACUAUUCCUACCGAGACUCACUUCGUUCUCCCAAAGAAGUAUUCGGCAAAAUCCCUGAAGCCAAGUCACUUAGUUCGGGAAAUUCCUUUCCCAACGAAUCCGCUUUGA